AGCAAGUGCGCUAUUUUCCGGUAGUUUGCUGAGGAGCUUGCUUUUGCUGUGCCUGUUGCGCUUUCUAGCAGACAGCUUUUCUAAUUUGUUUUAGAGAGUUUCUAUAUUCGGUUUUCUGUAAUUAAUUGCUAAUUUUCUUUCGAAAUGAGAGAAAUCGUUCACGUUCAAGCUGGACAAUGUGGUAACCAAAUUGGUGCCAAAUUUUGGGAGGUUAUUUCUGAUGAACAUGGCAUUGAUCCUACUGGCUCCUAUAAUGGAGAUUCUGAUUUGCAGUUGGAAAGAAUAAAUGUUUACUACAAUGAAGCAUCUGGUUGCAAAUAUGUUCCUCGUGCUAUUCUUGUAGAUUUAGAGCCUGGAACUAUGGACUCUGUUAGGUCUGGCCCAUUUGGACAACUUUUUAGACCUGACAAUUUCAUUUUUGGACAAAGCGGUGCUGGCAAUAAUUGGGCUAAAGGGCAUUACACAGAAGGAGCUGAACUGGUUGAGUCAGUUUUAGAUGUUGUAAGAAAAGAAGCCGAAGGAUGCGAUUGUUUACAAGGCUUUCAGCUGGCCCACUCUCUUGGUGGGGGUACCGGAUCUGGUAUGGGUACACUGCUAAUUUCCAAAAUAAGGGAAGAAUAUCCUGACAGAAUAAUGAACACUUUCAGUGUGAUGCCUUCUCCUAAAGUAUCGGACACAGUAGUUGAGCCAUACAAUGCGACCUUAUCUGUUCAUCAGUUAGUUGAGAAUACUGAUGAAACUUAUUGCAUUGACAAUGAAGCUCUUUAUGACAUUUGCUUUAGAACAUUAAAACUGACCAAUCCAAAUUACAGCGAUCUCAACCAUCUAGUGUCUGUUACAAUGUCUGGUGUCACAACGUGUCUUAGAUUCCCAGGUCAAUUGAAUGCCGAUCUCCGCAAAUUGGCAGUAAAUAUGGUUCCCUUCCCCCGUCUCCAUUUCUUUAUGCCUGGAUUUGCACCACUGACCUCAAGAGGAAGCCAACAGUACAGAGCCCUUACCGUUCCUGAGCUAACGCAACAAAUGUUUGAUGCCAAAAACAUGAUGGCAGCAUGUGAUCCUCGUCAUGGCAGGUAUCUGACUGUUGCAACUAUAUUCCGUGGCCGUAUGAGUAUGAAGGAAGUAGAUGAACAGAUGCUCAAUAUUCAGAAUAAGAACAGUAUGUUCUUUGUUGAAUGGAUUCCAAACAAUGUCAAAACUGCCGUUUGUGACAUUGCUCCAAGGGGACUUAAAAUGUCUGCAACAUUUAUUGGCAACAGUACUGCCAUUCAAGAGCUCUUCAAAAGAAUUUCUGACCAAUUCACCGCUAUGUUCAGGCGAAAAGCUUUCUUGCAUUGGUAUACUGGUGAGGGUAUGGACGAGAUGGAAUUUUCUGAAGCUGAAUCAAACAUGAACGAUCUUGUGUCAGAGUAUCAACAAUAUCAAGAUGCUACUGCUGAAGAUGAAGGUGACUUUGAAGAUGUAGAAGAGAUUGCCAACGAAAGUGCUUAAUUUAUACUUGUGAUUAACUUUUUGCCUAAUUGGAAUUUGGACUUAACAUUCCAGUUGUUUGGUCUGAACUACUUACAGUGUACAGCUUCCUAUACUAUUUUAAUACUAACUUUUUGAAAUAAAACAUUUAAUUUGAAACUA